AUGGGGGAGACAGAGUUUGCCAAGGCGGAGUGGUGUGGAGUGGAGCUGGACGAACCUUUUGGGAAGAAUGAUGGAGCCGUGGCUGGAACCAGGUAUUUCCAGUGCCUGCCGCGAUACGCACCCAGCACCCAGGCUAAAGCCAAGGCUUCCUCUCGGAGACGCUCCACCAUGAAGAGGAGUCCCAGUGCCUCCUCCAUGAGCUCCCUGAGCUCUGUCACCUCCUCUGUUAGUGGGAAACCCAGCCGCGCUGGCCUGUUGACAGAGACCUCGUCACGGUAUGCUCGUAAGAUCUCUGGCACCACAGCGCUACAGGAAGCGCUGAAGGAGAAGCAGCAGCACAUCGAGCAGCUAUUGGCCGAGAGGGACAUGGAACGCGGGGAGGUCGCCAAAGCAACCAGCCAUGCUGGAGAGGUGCAGCAGGAACUGUCUCUGCUCAGGAAGGUUCAGGAGCAGACGCAGACCAAACUGGAGCAUGCCCAUAUUAAGGAGCUUGAGCAGAGCCUUCUGUUUGAAAAGACCAAAGCUGACAACCUGCAGAGGGAUUUAGAGGACACUAGGGUGGCCACAGUGUCUGAGCGGUCCAGGAUCAUGGAGCUGGAGAGCGAGGUAGCGGAGCUCCAGAUGAGACUACGCUCCUCCCAGCAGACAGGGGGCGCUGUGUCGCUGUCACCAGAGGCGCUCAGCAACCUCAAGGCCCGGGCCCAGUCCCAGGAGAAGAAGAUAAGUGAACUGAAUGUGAAUCUGGACAGCAGGCAGAAACAGCUAUGCUCUGUAGAAGAGGACAAGAGCUCCCUGGAACAGCAGCUAACCAGCCUGAGACAGAAACUGGACGUAGCAGAGGAAAAGAACAAGAGGACGGCACGAACCAUGCAAGUCUCUCCGACUUUUGUUGCAGAGCUGGAGAAGAGAGGAGAGCAGACGGAAAAAGAGAGGGAGGCACAGAGAGAAGAGAACCAAGGCAAAGAGAAAGAGCUCCAGGAUAGACUGACGCAGGCUGCUGAGUCAUCAGAGAGGACCGCUCACUCACUGGAGCAGCUGACCAAUGAGAAGACAGCGCUAGAGGCUCAGCUCGAGGCACUGAAACAGCACAAUUCCAAAUUCCAGGAAGAACUCAGUCUCUCGCAGGUGCGAGGCAGCUCAGAAAGCCAGCACAUCGGAACUCUGUGCAAGGAAAUUGAGGUACUGAAGCUGGCCAGUCUGAAGUCUCAGAACCAGCCAGACAUGAAAGACAGGGAAACUCUGUCCAUCCAGGAGACAGAUGAGGACAAGGAGCUGGAGACUCUGAGGGAUGAGAUCGCGGUGCUGCGAGGUGAGAACGCCAUGGCCAAGACGCUGCAGUCUGCCGUGGAGACGCUGGAGAGAGACAAGGCCCAGCUACAGGAACGCAUCACCAGCCUGGUGCAGAGGCUAUUGGGACGGCAGGCUUCCGAGGGAGGGGACAGUGGAGUGCCUUCCUCAGGUGACACAGCUCUGGACCAGUUGAGAGAAGAGAAGGAGUUUGCAGAGGGACAAAUUAACUUCCUGAACAGUGUGAUCGUGGACCUGCAGAGGAAGAAUGAGGAGUUGAAGGUCAAGCUGAAGAAGAUGGCUCUGGCGGAGUUCAAUGGCACUGAUGGUUUGGAGGAGGGUGGAUCUAAGAAGGACAAGAAGGCUCCUCCUCGUCUGUUCUGUGAUAUCUGUGACUGUUUUGACCUGCAUGACACUGAGGACUGUCCAACCCAGGCCCAGAGCCCCGACUCAGUCCCCCACUCUUCCUUCAAGUGCAAACCUGCCGACCAGCGGCCGUAUUGCGACAUCUGUGAGGCCUUCGGUCACUCUACAGAGUCCUGCCAGGAAGACCAGACCUUCUAGACUCUCACCCCAACCAUGCCAGGCCUAGCUUUAAGACCCUUCACAGACCGCCAAACACACACCAGACUCCUUUCUCUGGGUUUUUAAUAACAUAGUAUUUAUAUAUGUCCCUCACUGUCAUAGUCCACUCGGAUAACCCCAAAUCACCCGCUACAAAAGACUCUCCUACUAUUUCUAAUACUUCCUCUCUCUAACUCUCCUC